CGGGCUGCGGGCGUGGGCAGCUCUCUCGGACCCCGGCUUUGUUCAGGCUGUUCUUGUGCGAGCAGGAGUAGGCGCUGUGGAGACAGUCGACCAGCCUUUCGGUUUCUGUGUUCCUUUGUCAUUGGGCUUUGCUGAAGUCUUUCCCACCUCUGAAUGUCUUAAUGGUUUCAUGCUGGCCUCUCACUUGCCAGCCUUCGGAUUUGGUUCCUGCCUGGGAAAAUGAAAAGACACCAUGGUGCCCAGGAACCGGCCAUCCUGCCUCAUCUUCCCUUGUUUGCUGGAGAAUCCAACCUAUGGAAUAACAAACAAUUCAGUGUCUUACCCAGAGUUCAGCAGACCUCUUUUGUAAACUUUCAGGGCUUCCAGUAAUGUACUUUCGCUUCUUUCCUAGGUGUCUGGAGACUCGCUUGUCCGUGUAUAUUUCACUUUGUGUACUCAAGGAGGGUAAACAGCGAUGCUGUGUCCACAAACGCUGUGUAAUUUAAACUAACUCCCCAUCAAACAUGUUUGGAUCUUAGUCUCGAGUCACUAAAAUGUAAAGACCAGCAGAGAGAAGAGACUCCAUCUUCCAGAGGUCGCCACUGUCUGCCUCCCCACUCAGUCAUCUUUUUAAGUGACACCUCAUUUGUCUGGUCCCUCAUAACAUGAAGCCAUUAUCAUCUCAGGAACUGAAAUGGCCAAACAGAUCCAGAAAGAAAUACAGCAAGGUGUGGAGUCAUGGAUUGCUCUUGGGAACAGGAGGCCUCAUCUGAGUAUCAUUUUAGUGGGAGAUAACCCGGCAAGCCACACCUACGUCAGGAAUAAGAUAAAAGCUGCGUCUGCUGUAGGCAUCUACAGUGAGCUCAUCAUGAAGCCCAAGAGUGUUUCCCAGGAGGAGCUUUUGGAUAUCACUGAUCAUCUGAACAUGGACAGGAGAGUCAGCGGCAUAUUAGUUCAGCUACCACUUCCGGACCACGUGGAUGAGAGAAUUAUAUGCAAUGGGAUUGCUCCAGAAAAAGAUGUUGAUGGAUUUCACAUUAUCAAUAUCGGAAGACUGUGCCUUGACCAGCAUUCAAUGAUCCCUGCCACUGCCAGUGCCGUUUGGGAAAUCAUCAAAAGAGCAGGAAUUGAAACAUUUGGAAAAAACGUGGUCGUGGCAGGACGAUCCAAGAAUGUGGGCAUGCCGAUCGCCAUGCUGCUGCACACGGAUGGAGAGCACGAGCGUCCUGGAGGCGACGCAACAGUGACCAUAGCGCACAGAUACACCCCCAGAGAACAGCUGAAGGCCCAUACUCAGCUAGCAGAUAUCAUCAUAGUGGCUGCAGGUAUUCCCAGGUUGAUUACGGCUGACAUGGUCAGAGACGGUGCAGCAGUAAUUGAUGUGGGUAUCAACUAUGUACAAGAUCCUGUGACAGGAAAGACCAAGUUAGUUGGAGAUGUGGACUUCGAAGCUCCCCUUUACCUACAGAGCACCAAUACAAGCCUUCCUGUGGCAUGUCCAAGAUUCAAGCCGCUUUCCACCCAAGAGAAGUUCCUUUCUGUUAAGAAGAAAGCCAGUUUCAUCACUCCAGUCCCAGGAGGUGUGGGACCCAUGACUGUGGCCAUCCUUCUGAAGAACACACUUCUGGCUGUGAAGAAUGUCACCUACUAGAUCACAGGGGAGUACACACAACGAAUACUGCUGCUUAGUUAUUUGUCAACAGGUGAAAUCCCUUCUAUUUUACUACAAAGCUAUUUAUUUCUACAUGUAUUUAUUUUUUCAUGAGUGGAAUCAUUCUGGAACUGAUUAUUUACAUGACUUUAUGGAUUUCUUGCUAAUAGAUUUGAGUCUUUAAAAAAAAAUCAAAACAAUUCCAUUGACAAUUGUGGUAACAGCUCUUUAUUUUAUGGAUACUUGUUCAUAAUGUUAAAACAAAUGAAGAGUUCAUAUUUAACAAAUAUAUUUUUGACAUAACCUAAGUAUUACACACUGUAUGUUUUCAAAAAACUGUUUUACCAGCUAAACAGGUGCCAUGUAAACCACAACUUGAGGUUUGUUAUAACCAUGAUUUUCUGUACAGUCUACACUCUAGGUUGUCUGUGGAGAAGAGCAUUCUACAAGGCCAUCCUGUGGGAGACUUAGGAAGUGAAAGCUAGUCCAGAAAGCAAAGGCUGCAACAACACUUGAAACACUAAGACUGAUCACUUUGCGUAGUGUGAGGCCACAUGUGUUAGGUUUCCAAAUCAUUCAGUUCAGUUCGCUGAUGGUAAGAGCCUACUCUCCAAACGAAUGAAUGGACAAAGUCAAACUAAAGUGGUUUUCCCACAAACAUCAACCAAACACAAUGCUGAUAUAGUAUGAGUAUAUCUGUCAUUAAAUACCUGUAAGUGAUGUGUUUGCUCAUGGGAGCAGGGAUCUGACAGAAUUAUAAUGCGGUAGUUUUGUUAAAAUUGAACCCUUGGAUGUAACGAAUAGCUAGUUCUUGUGCACACACAUCUUUUCUUUCCUAAGAUAGCAUUUGGUUCCUAACACAGACGCUGUGUUUCUAACACAAUUUCAAACUGGGAAAUAUGUAUGACUAUUACUUGAAGGUUAACGACCAGAGCCAUAUAAUUUGUACUGUGGUUUCAUGCCCAAAUCCCAGUAUGAUCCUUGUUCAAUGCAUGUCUUUAUCAGUGUGCUUCUUGUGUGGAAAUAGACUAGCUGUUUAUCAGUAAUAUCUCAAUUGUCCAAUAAAAGGAUU